AUGGCAAAUAUUUACGGAAACGAAGAUGACUUCUGGACCUCGGAUGAAGAGAAUAUCUCUGGUAUAGAUGAUAUAGACUCAAAAUAUGACGGAUUCGGUAAUAUUUAUGGCAAAAACCCCGAUUCAUCAGCCAAAGAUAGUUUGUUUUCUAGCAGUUUUGAGACAGCUCUGGAAAGUUUAAGCUGGAUUCCAGUUAUAUCGCAACAAAUCAAUGGAACAUCGAUUUUUGAGAUUCUGGAUAAAGAACUGUCGGAUGCAGAGGGGAUUGAUAUUGAAAAUAUAGAAAACCAGAUAUAUAAGGGGAUAUUAGAUAGUUCAGAAGAUGAAAUUGGAGCUCCGGUAUCACAGGAGCUGGAAACAUGGGAUGAAUAUCAAUCAACACAUGGGACUUCUCUUGAUCUUCCGGAGAGUGGUUUGUUGCCAGAAGAACAUAAUACGGAAUACACUCUAAAUAAGUCUAUUUUUACGGUAAAACGUACUGGAGAAGGUAGACCAAACGAUGAAAUUAUACCAAGAACAAAAUAUGAUAACUACAUUAUUCCUCCACCGGAUGAGAAUAAGAACUAUAUUAGGAAAAAAUGGUCAAUUUUGGACAAUACCACACCUGCUCCUAUAAUAGAAAAUAUGCUAAUCAAUUUUCCGUUUGAGUUGGAUGAUUUCCAGAAACGUGCAAUAUACCAGCUCACAAAUUUAAAACAUAUUUUUGUUUCUGCUCACACAUCAGCUGGGAAAACAGUUAUUGCCGAGUAUGCCAUAGCUUUGGCCUUGACUAGAGGUGAAAAGGCGAUCUACACAAGUCCCAUAAAGGCUUUGUCUAAUCAAAAGUACAGAGAAUUUAAAAAGAAAUUUGGAGCUGAAUCUGUAGGGAUAGUUACUGGUGACGUAUCUUGUAAUCCAGGGGCAUCUUGUCUAAUUGUUACAACCGAAAUUUUACGUAAUCUUUUAUACAGAGGUGAUUCAGUCAUUUCUCAGUUAGGUGUAGUUAUAUUUGAUGAAAUACACUACAUCAGCGAUUUAAGCAGAGGAGUUGUGUGGGAAGAAGUUAUUAUUAUGUUACCAAAAACCAUACAAUUGGUGAUGCUUAGUGCAACAGUACCAAACUAUAGUGAAUUUGCUGAUUGGAUAGGAAAUAUAAUGCAAAAGGAAGUUGUUAUUGUUGUUACAAAUCAUAGGCCUACUCCACUGGUUCACUACUUGUACAUUUAUAAUCGGUUUUUUUUGCUUGUAAAUCCAAAGGGAUUCAAUAAGGAUGCAUAUCAUACAAUGUACAGAUAUUCUAAAAUGAUAAAAACGACCAUAAAUAAAAAACCAACGUUUAAAGGUCACGUUCAGAAAUUACAAAAACUAGUGAAAAUACUAGAAUCUGAGAAGAAACUUCCUGUGGUUUUAUUCUGUUUUAAUAGAGCAAAGUGUGAAGUAUAUGCGAAGGAAAUGCCAAAUUUAAACUUGGCAUAUACGCGAGCUGAACGCUCAAAAAUCCAUUUAUUCUUGAAGGAAUCACUGAGUAAUAUAAGUGAGGGAGACAAAAAUAUUCCACAACUAAGAAGUAUUAUCAAGCUUCUGCAUAGAGGAAUUGGAAUACAUCAUAGUGGCCUUCUCCCUAUUAUAAAAGAAAUUGUUGAAAUAUUAUUUUCAAAAGGAUUGAUAAAGGUGUUAUUCGCAACUGAAACAUUUGCGAUGGGCGUGAAUAUGCCGGCAAGAUCUGUUGUUUUUACCUCCAUAUAUAAGCAUGAUGGACAAAAGGGAAGGUAUCUCACUGCCUCAGAAUAUACUCAGAUGGCUGGAAGAGCUGGAAGAAGAGGUCUAGAUUCAUUUGGAAGUGUAUAUAUUUUUUGUUCUGACGAUCCUCCCGAUCUUCAAGAUUUGACAGCUAUGAUGAUAGAAAAAUCAACUAGAUUAGAAAGCAGAUUUAGAAUCACAUACAAUAUGCUUCUGCAAAUACAGUCACGUGAUCAUAUGAAUAUAACUGAAAUGAUGUUAAAAUCAUUUAGAGAAAGAGAAAAAAUGAAAAACAUUCCAAUUUUCAAAAGAGAUAGUUCUAAGAAGAAACAGGAACUAUUGUCACUUCCAAAAAUCGAAUGUUUUUAUGGAGAGCCAAGCAUAGAGGACUACUAUAGAAAUCUGCAAUAUUCAAAAUCUGUAGCCGUAAACUUGCACAAUAAUUUGUGGAAUCACAAAGAGAACCUUCAAAUUUUCAAGCCUGGAAGAAUAAUAAUGAUAAAUUCGCUUACUUUUUGUGGGACUUUGGUCUAUGGUUGCAUUGUUAAAGUGCUUGAGAAUAAAGAUGUGCAGUUUCAAGUACUAACGCUGCUACCAGAAAAUUUUAUAAAUGAUGGCACUCUCGCUGUAGAUAUCGCAACAUCGCUUAAAUACAAUUGUCCUGUACACUAUGCAAUAUACGAUCAUGUUUCAUUAAACAACAUCUCGUUUAUUUUCGAUAAUAUAACAACAGCAAAACCUGUUCCUAAUAAGGAGGACAAAAUCAUACUGUCUGCGAUGGCAUCCGAAAUUCAUGAACUAGUGGAAUCUGAUCGUUUGCAACUAUUAUCCUUUAAUAAAAAGUUCAAGCAGACAUCUAUGCAGUUUUACGAAACUGUACUCAAACAGAGGGAUCUAUUUCAUAGGCUUUCUAGAAAUCUAUGUACAAAGUGCCACAUGAGAGAAACACACUUUGGAAUUCAAUGUAAAAUUGUGAAUUACAAGCGUGAGAUCGAAGAAAUAAACAAAAACUUGAGAGAUGAAUCAUUGCAUACAUACUCGGAAAUGAUAUCAAAAUUAGAUGUUUUGAAACAGCUAGAUUUCCUGGAUGAGAAAGGUAGGCCUACCACAAAAGGAAGGAUAGCCACAUUUAUAACGACUGGUGAUGAGAUUACUCUUACAGAAGUCCUUUUUCAGAAUCUAUUAAAGAAUCUGGAACCUGAAGAGUGUGCUGCAAUUCUCUCUGCCUUUAUAUAUAAUGACAGAGCUCCAGAAAAAGAAGCGCCCGCUCCAACGCUGGGGAUACAAAUGGCAAGAGACAGGGUACUGAGCAUUCAUAGUAAGAUUGAUGUAGUUCAGAGGGGUCUUGAUGUCAGAGUUCCUUUCGAAGAAUUUAGCGCUCUAUGCAACUUUUCAUUAUCAUAUGUUGUAUACCAAUGGGCUAAAGGAGUGCCAUUUCACGAAAUAAUGGAGCUUACUGAACUUCAGGAGGGUCAUAUCGUUCGUGCAAUCACUAGGUUGGAUGAAUUAUGUCGUAAAAUAUGCCAAGCUGCGAACAUAUUUGGGGAUAAGGAACUUUCCACAAAAAUCGAGAGAGUUUCGGCUGCUAUAAGACGUGACAUCGUCUUUGCGCCAUCUCUCUACUUGUCAUAA